CCAUAGGCGUAAUGGUUUUUGUACUUUACAAACUGUAUAUAUUAUCGCCCUACACCAACCCUACUCCUAACCCUAACCCUCACAGGAAACUUUGUGCAUUUUUACUUUCUCAAAAAAUAUAAGCGUUUUGAAAAAUGGGGACAUGGGUUAUGUCCUCAUAAGUCACCCUCUCCUUGUAAUACCUGUGUCAUACCCAUGUCAUGAUACAGAGUUGUGUCCUGAUAUGACACAAAAACAAGAGCACAUACACACUCUCACACACACACACACACACACACACAAACACACAUGAAUGUGCACAUACAGACAUGCACACACAAAAAGGGAAACAUGCACAAAAACACACAAUAUGCUCAUACACUCCCCAUAUUCACACAUAUUUAUUGUUGCAGCCAUUCAUUUAAAAUAAAACUGUUUUUGUGGCAUAUCACUUGAAGUACCCUUAGUUUUUGUAUAUUUUGUCUACCUGUUACAACUUACCCCAGUAUGUGUUACAACCUACCCCAGUAGUGGGGUAGGUUGUAACAAAGGACCACCUUGUAUUUGUCAUCAUCUCACAAAGUCUGUGAUAUAGUUGAAUAAAUUUAAAUUGUUGCCAUUUGUAGUAUAAACAUGUGGGUAAUUUGCCUAGAAGUUUUAGACGUGUAGCCAAAAGAAAAAGGUAAUUUUAGGCGCUGAAGAAAAAAGUGUUACAACCAUCCCUGGUUUCCCCUAACUGUUUCCGUCCGUGCCGUUUCCUUCAAAGAGUGUAUUUAAAAGGAAACCGCAGUGUGGAUUCUUAGUCUUUCAUUUCAGAAAUUCUGUGAAGGCACGAGAGAAGUUUUGAAAUCCUACGACACGAGGAAAGCACUUUAAACUUGCCAGACAUUCAGUCAUCAAAACCCGACAUGAUGGCGCCUUCUUUUUCUUUCCGAUGGGUUUUACUCUCAGCUCUUUGGAUUGCAGAGUCGAGUCAGGUUCCAGUGGACCCUCCAGAGUCGAGUCAGGUUCCAGUGGACCCUCCAGAGUCGAGUCAGGUUCCAGUGGACCCUCCAGAGUCGAGUCAGGUUCCAGUGGACCCUCCAGAGUCGAGUCAGGUUCCAGUGGACCCUCCAGAGUCGAGUCAGGUUCCAGUGGACCCUCCAGAGUCGAGUCAGGUUCCAGUGGACCCUCCAGAGUCGAGUCAGGUUCCAGUGGACCCUCCAGAGUCGAGUCAGGUUCCAGUGGACCCUCCAGAGUCGAGUCAGGUUCCAGUGGACCCUCCAGAGUCGAGUCAGGUUCCAGUGGACCCUCCAGAGUCGAGUCAGGUUCCAGUGGACCCUCCAGAGUCGAGUCAGGUUCCAGUGGACCCUCCAGAGUCGAGUCAGGUUCCAGUGGACCCUCCAGAGUCGAGUCAGGGAGUGAGACGCAAUACACAGAGCUCAAGACUUAUACCACCAGUGCUGGUCUCGCAUUUAAGCUUGAGUGCAGUGAAACACAGAAUGUGAGCUGGAGCCGUGUUCCUGAUCAGAGGCUGGAAGGCAUCAGUGGAAUAAACAUUCAGGGAGGCGCGCUAUGGUUUCUACCUGCUGACCUCUCUCACAGCGGAUCCUACUCCUGUCUCACCAGAAAUGGCGAUGAAACCUGGACAACAAUAUUUAAUGUCUCCGUUGAAAAUAAAACAUGCCCCAGGUUUAACAGAAAAGAUGAAAUAACGAGAACAAAGGAAAUCACUUGUUUGCUUCCUCACAUCUUUGAGAUAGACCCUCAAGCUCAAGUGACCUGGAGAAAUAACUGCCACCCACUCAAUGUGACAAACAGUAAGGUUUUACCGAUAAACAGAUCCAAAGACAUGAUUGGACUCUAUACAUGCUUUGUGAGCUUUACUUUUGGAGGGCAGCAUUACUCUGCUGCCCAGACUACAGAAAUCUACAGCCAAUCUAAGGAUUAUGUGGUGACAAAGCCUGAAAUCAUCUACCCAAAAGAAGAAACACAAAAAGUAAAACUUGGUGAAAGUUACACUCUGAACUGCAAAGCUCUUAUUGGGAAGAACGACAAUAGAGAAACUGUUAUUUACUGGGAUACUGGCUUAAAAAAUCUCAAACUGGACUACAACAGAAGUAUUGUGAAAGAGGGGGAGCGGGACUAUAUGCUGUCUACUCUAUACAUCCCAGAAGUCACAGAAGAACAUUUAUACACUAAUUUCACCUGUGUCGUUAUGCACCCAAGAGGUUCAGAUUCUGGAAAUGUCUUGCUUAUUCCUGUGAGUCGGAAUGAAAGUUAUUACUGGAUCGGUGUUGGUCUGGUGGUUCUGCUCAUAUUACUGUGUGCAGUUGCGUUUCUCUUUAGAGUCGAUCUGGUUCUGGCUUAUAGGGCUUUUUGCUCGUCUUCUGCCAUAAACAGUGGGGUGCAUUGCUGUCAUUGCUGACACAAAGCGGCAGAAGAGCCCAGAGCUCACGGUGCUUUGAGAUCUGUUUGACCACAGAAACAAUCUACACAAGUAUAUAAACUCAUUAUGAAGUGUGUAUGGAUAACACCACUCAAGAAACACAACAAUGCACACUUACUGUACACUGAAAAAAGAUACUAAAUUAAAAGCUAAAAGCUAUUUUUUUAACAAAUUUGUAAAGUUAGUCAACUACAUUUGUUUAUUUAAAUUUAGCUAAAAUAAAUGGAUUCCAACCACUUAAAAAAAAUCAAUUGUAAAUUAAAUUAAUCUCUUUUUCAGCGUAGGGGCUGUUCACACAGAAUGCGUUUUUCCACUCCCAUGUGCCACUUUUCCAUUGUUUUCUAUGUAAACGCUCUAGACGAUUGCAUUUAGACGCUGUGUCAAGUUUAAACUUUUACACACAGCGCUGCUCAUGAGUGUCAGUUCCAAAACAGUCGACCAAUCAGAAGACCCCAGAGGCGGGGCAAGCGCUUCAAGGUUUUGUUUACAGUAGCAAGUAGUAGUUUUAUUUAACGAAACAUGUUGGAGGAGGAAUUCUGCUCUACACUUUUUAAAGUCCCCAUGAAAUCAAAAUUGUUGAAAAGUUGAAGCUGAAAUCUGUCAUUUAUUCAAAGAUUUUCUGUUUUCUGUAUGGUGAAUGGGGAUAGGGAAGGAUUCAGGUAUAACUUUGCUUUCUGUUGGGGCAGAAAAAGUCUAACAAAAUGAUAGCACUGAGCGGAUCAUAUGUCCGAGUCGGCUCAGACCAUAAAACAUAUCAAACCCAUUUGAAUUAUACACAGAAUGUAAUAUUUUGUAUCAAUAUGGAUGAGAUUGUGGCUGUCAUACACUGUAGAAUUUGGCUUUACCAAUUACAGUGGCUCUAGCCCAAGCUGUGAUAUAAAUAAAAUUGGCUAUUUUAACCUGUUAAAUGUCACCGUCCCGUAUACGGGACGCCUAAAUUUACUUAAAUAUAUUACAAUUAUAUCCUAAUCUAAUCAUGUCAAACUAUAUAUCAUUGGAAAGGUCUAAGAGUCCUAAAUAGAUAUUUGACCAUGUUUUGUUGUUAAAAAUUAGGAAGGAACAGUAAAAGAUUAAUUUAUAAAAAGAGUGCACCUCAAAACAUAUACAUCAUAACAGGAGUUCUGACCUUUGUCACAAAAAAUCUACUCCGGUUCCUUUUUCCCUAUCACAUGUUUUAGUAAUCAUCAUAAAUUAUAUAUCAUUUGAAAGCUUAUAUACUCCAAAUUCAUCUUAUGAAAACCAUUUUGAAAUCAGACACUGCGUUACCAUGGAAAUCAUACUUUAAAAUCUUUUAGCGUGCUCCUCCCCCUCAGCGGGAGGGGUCAUAUUCCAAAUAUAUUACGGUCUUUUAGAAUCAAAAUUUUUCAUAAUCUUGACAAAAUACAUAUCGUUGGAAAGGUCUGAGUCUCAAGAUUCCAUAUUUGGUGGUUAUUUUGUCAUAGACAUAAUAUUGAGAGAGAAAUUGAUACAUUUGUGACAAACAAAUGCAUCCAAAAAAUUCAAUGGAGUUUCAAUGGCCCCCGGUGGCUUUUUGUGGUAUAACACCUAAACAGAAUUGCAUAUGAACCUACAUUUUUUUUAUAUCAACUUCAAAUUUGGAACACAACUUAUUUAGACAUAUGGCUUUAAUUUUAUAGAAAUUUUGGAUUAAAACAUAUUUUAUAAAAUAUUUAUUUUAUAUAAAAUAUAAUAAAAAUAAAAUAAUAAAUGUAUUUACAGUAAAUUUAAAUAAUAACUUAUUACUUCAAUAACUUUUUUAUGCUUUCAUUUUUUUAAAUGAUUUCACUUCUGCAAUAAUCUGCAGAUUGUCUUCUUUAAAAAGAGACCAACCUUUGGUCUGUAUUCAAAAGCGUUUAUGAAUUAUAACAAUUUAAGUGUGAAUAGUGUACUUUCACGUGUAUGUUAAAAAAUGGGGGUGACAGUUAAAAGGUUAAAAAGGGGCGGGUUUACUUGAUAUGUCCUGCCCUGUCUUCCUGUUUAAGUUAAAAUGAUGUCAACACAUUGAGUAAAGAAUAAAAAGUUCUGUGUGAAUGUCCCUUUAGUUUGUGAGCUUGUGUUGUGCGAGUUUGCAUUUUUGUGUAGAGAAGGUUUGUUGCAUUUGUGUGAAGAAACUUUUAUCUUGUUUGAUCUUGUAACUGAUGAAAAACAGAGUGACAGGUGAUGCAAGUUAGCAAUAAAAAAAAAACUAUAUGUAGAAGUUAUUUUCAAUAUAACUAUCAUUUUAUAUUUUUUAUAUUCUUUUGUUAAAGCAGCUUGUUGAACUAGUGCAUAUGCAGAUGGGAUGCAUAUUUGUUUGUUUUUAUAUUCUUUAUUAUUCUUUAUUAUAUUCCUAUUUUUUACAGAGAUAUUUAAUAUAUAAAAAAUAUUACAAGUUCUUACAAGUGGCAUUGUGACUACAGGUCAUGUCAGAUAAAAUAUUUUAAUGUUUUUUAGAAGAAACUAAGUAAAAUUAAACAUUUACUGAUUCAUGUUUUAUUGAUUCAUGUCGUAAUAAUGAUUUAUUACAGUGUAUCUAAUAAAUAUUUGUCAAAUA